AAUAAGUCUCUAGGGUCGUACUGCGCAUGCGCGAGCCGUGAGGCUUCUCGCGAGAGGAAGGUUCGUUUGUGGUUCCAUAGUGGUCUCCGCCGGUUGUGAGAGAGUAAUUUCUUGCAGCUGCACCAUGACGUCCGUGGGGACCCUCGCCUUCGAUGAAUAUGGGCGCCCUUUCAUCAUCAUCAAGGACCAAGAUCGCAAGUCUCGCCUUAUGGGACUUGAAGCCCUCAAGUCUCACAUAAUGGCUGCAAAGGCUGUCGCAAAUACAAUGAGAACAUCACUUGGACCAAAUGGGCUGGAUAAGAUGAUGGUAGACAAAGAUGGAGAUGUGACUGUAACUAAUGAUGGUGCCACCAUUUUAAGCAUGAUGGAUGUUGAUCAUCAGAUUGCCAAGCUGAUGGUUGAAUUGUCCAAAUCCCAGGAUGAUGAAAUUGGAGAUGGAACCACAGGAGUGGUUGUUCUGGCUGGUGCCUUGUUGGAAGAAGCAGAGCAGUUGCUGGACCGAGGCAUUCACCCAAUCAGAAUAGCCGAUGGCUAUGAGCAGGCUGCCCGCAUUGCUAUUGAGCACCUGGACAAGAUUAGCGAUAGCGUCCUUGUUGACAUGAAGGACACUGAGCCUCUGAUUCAGACUGCAAAAACCACACUGGGCUCCAAAGUGGUUAACAGCUGUCACCGACAAAUGGCUGAGAUAGCUGUGGAUGCUGUCCUCACUGUAGCAGACAUGGAUCGGAGAGAUGUUGACUUUGAGCUCAUCAAAGUAGAAGGCAAAGUUGGUGGGAGACUGGAGGACAGCAAGCUGGUCAAGGGUGUGAUCGUGGAUAAGGACUUCAGUCACCCGCAGAUGCCAAAAAAAGUGGAAAAUGCUAAGAUUGCCAUUCUCACAUGUCCAUUUGAACCACCUAAACCAAAAACAAAGCACAAGCUGGAUGUGACCUCUGUGGAAGACUUUAAAGCCCUUCAGAAAUACGAAAAGGAGAAGUUUGAAGAGAUGAUUCAACAAAUUAAAAAUACUGGAGCUAACCUAGCUAUUUGCCAGUGGGGCUUUGAUGAUGAAGCAAAUCAUUUACUUCUUCAGAACACCCUGCCUGCAGUUCGCUGGGUUGGAGGACCUGAGAUCGAGCUAAUCGCCAUUGCAACAGGAGGCCGGAUUGUCCCUCGGUUCUCAGAACUCACAGCUGAGAAACUGGGCUUUGCUGGACUUGUGCAGGAGAUCUCAUUUGGCACAACUAAAGACAAAAUGCUGGUCAUCGAGCAGUGUAAGAACUCCAGAGCUGUGACCAUUUUCAUUAGAGGAGGAAAUAAGAUGAUUAUCGAGGAAGCAAAACGAUCACUUCAUGAUGCUUUAUGUGUCAUCCGGAACCUCAUCCGUGAUAAUCGUGUGGUAUACGGGGGAGGUGCUGCUGAGAUAUCCUGUGCUUUGGCGGUUAGCCAAGAGGCAGAUAAGUGUCCAACCUUGGAGCAGUACGCCAUGAGAGCUUUUGCAGAUGCAUUGGAGGUCAUCCCCAUGGCCCUUUCCGAAAACAGUGGCAUGAAUCCCAUCCAGACAAUGACUGAAGUUCGCGCCAGACAAGUAAAGGAGCAGAACCCUGCCCUUGGGAUUGACUGUUUGCAUAAGGGAACAAAUGAUAUGAAGCAACAACAUGUCAUAGAAACCUUGAUUGGCAAAAAGCAGCAGAUAUCUCUUGCAACACAAAUGGUCAGAAUGAUUUUGAAAAUUGAUGACAUCCGCAAGCCUGGAGAAUCUGAAGAAUAAAGAAAAAUGUUGAAUAAAAUGUAGUAAGAUCAACCACCAUGGUUAAAUAAAUGGGUGUCUUGUGAUGCAUCUGCAGUUAUUUAUUGCUACAUCCUUUUUCAGACACUGUAGAUGGUAUCAUAAAAACAGCUGCGUGGUAACCAUGGUUUCUGUUCACAGCCAUGUAAUUGUAGGAGUACUGUGUUACAAGCUUUUGUAUUCAUUAAAGAGGUCUCUUUAAACCUUUUUAUCUUCAAGUUUAAGAAACAUUUGUUUUAACAAUUAAAUGCUGCCUUAAUUGAAA